AUGGCGUUUGUGGCGGGGCUGGUCCUCUUCUAUGUCCCGGAGGAGCCGGCCUUCCAGCUUUUCGGCCGCCUCCUCUCCUCCUCCGGCCCCAACCUGCGUCGCUUCUACCUGCCCGGCCUGGCGGGGCUCAAGUUGGAGCUGCUGCGCUUCGACAGGCUCAUGCAGCGGCACAUGCCGGCCCUGCGCUCCCACCUCGAGGUGCACGGCGUGAUCCCCGUCCUCUUCGCCAGCCAGUGGUUCCUGACGGCCUUCGCCUGCCCCUUCCCGGUUUCCUUUGCCUGCCGCGUCAUCGACGGCCUGCUGGCCGAGAACGGCAGCGAGGUGCUGCUGCGUGUGGGCCUGGCCAUCAUGGCCGAGUGCGAGGCUGACCUGCUGCUGCGGGACGACUUUGAGGACCUGCUGACCUUUCUGAAGGCGGAGCCGCUGACGUGGCCGGCCUACCGCACGCGGCGGGUGCUGGAUGCCGCCAUGAAUGGCAGCCUGGAUUUGGGCUGCGAGGAGGUGCAGGGCGCCAGCGAGGAUGGCGCUGGGCCAGUGCCCCCACCCCUGCCCAGGACGCCGCUCAAGGGAGCUGACCCCGCACGGGAGGAGAGCCCCUCCCCUGCACCCCUCAUGGCCGCCGCCGACGCGGUGGAUGCCGACGUCGCCAAGCAGCGGGCAGAAAUGGACGAGGACUUUUUGGAGAUGGUCCUGGAGCUGGACCACCUGUGGACGGGGGGGGCGGUGUCCAACGCCGCCAGCGCGGCGUAUGACGAGCACCUGGGCGGAGUCCGCAGUGCUGAAGGGGCCUGA